GAACCACAGCUCUGCUAAGAAUGUGUGAAAUUCUCAGCUCACUUGGUUAAGCACACUUCAACCUGGUAGGGCAGCACAUUGAAUGGUCCUCUUACAGCAUAGAGCUAUUUGUGGACGAGUGAGACACGAUGUGGAUUACACUUUUUCUCUUCAAAAUCAUCUGUUUUUCUAUGUCCCAAGCUGUUGGUGGCAACAACAGUUUCAAAACGCAGAAGCCACUAAGGUGUGAAGAUGUCCUGCUUCACUGUACACAAAGUAGUCUUUUUUGGACACGGUGUUAUGAGGAAAGAACUGCAGCCUGUGAACUCAAAAGACGUAUAUUCGGCUUCAGUCGUCAAACCGUGAACUCAUCACUAGAGGGUGAUAUGAACCCUACAUUUCACCACAGAAUUCACAUCCCAUCCUCAGCUUUCAAAGGAGCUGCCACCACAGUGAUGGCUUCUGUUAUCAACAGCACUUAUUUUAAGCUGAGUCCUCCUCAGAAAAGUAGAUUCCAAUUCCACCGCAGAGAAGGCACUGUGCUCGGAGGAUUAGUCCUCGCGGUGAAGGCAGUUAACAUGACAGAAAAUGGUGAAAUCAUCAGAAAUCUCUUACAACCCAUCAUGUUAUUCUUCAAACACAACAAAAAGUCUUCACAGAUUACAGAUGGAACUUGUGUAUUUUGGCAGGAAUCAGACAAUGGAACAGGUUACUGGAGUGUUAAAGGCUGCAAAACCAAUAAAACUGAAGAUGAAUUUAUUUGCAGCUGCGACCAUCUCAGCUUCUUUGCUGUUCUUGUGAUUGUCACAAACUUGGAAGCGGAGAAGCUAAGCUACAUCACUUACAUUGGAUCAGCACUUUCAGUCGUCUUCACAUUCAUCAGCCUGAUUGUCUUCAUUUGGUUACAUCGGCGGUGUCCUGAGAAGGCCACAGGUCUGCACAUGCAACUUACAGGGGCAAUGUUCUGCCUCCACCUCAGCUUCCUGCUGUGCAGUUUCUGGGAAUGGCUGAGGAAAAAUGAGGACAGCUCAAUUUGCCUGGUUCUUGGUCUCUUUCUACAUUGGUCUCUGCUGGCCACCUUGACCUGGAGUGCUCUGGAGGGGUUUCAAAUCUACCUUUUGCUCAUUCGGGUGUUUAACAUCUAUAUCAGGAGAUACCUGCUCAAACUCUGCCUGGUUGGAUGGGGUUUUCCCACAUUGGUCGCAACAAUUUGUGGGAUUUCAGGUGUUUAUGGAAAGUACACUCUACAACUAAGGGAAACCAAAAAUGGCAAUUCAACAGCACAAAUGUGCUGGAUUAGCAGCGACUUCCAAUCAAAGCGUCCUCUAGUCAGCUACAUCACUACUGUGGCCUUUCCUUUGUUGGUGGUCGUGUUCAACGCCUGCAUGCUGGGGCUGGUUGUGUGUAAGAUGCGGAAAUUAAGAAGUGAUGAUAAGAAGAUGAGCUUUGUAAGCAGCAGUGACUGGAAGGAGAUAAACAAAGAGAAAAGAAAGAGGUUAUGGAGGGACUGUGUCACAGUGCUGGGCCUCAGCUGUGUGCUGGGGUUACCUUGGGGGUUAGCCAGCACUACGUACGUUUCACUCGCUGGGAUCUACAUAUUCACCAUUUUGAACUCCCUUCAAGGUGUAUUUAUAUUUCUUUGGUCUGUGGGUUUGGCCCGGAAGUCUUGAUCGGGCUGUUUCAUUAGUCAGAGACUCUUCAAAAAGUGUUGAACACCAGUUUCAGCAGCCAAUAGCCAAUAACAGCCAAGAUGUAUUAUCUAUGACGUAUAUUAGGUGUUGACUGUUGAAUGAGUUUUUGGGUUUUUGUUGCUGUUUUGUUUCUUCUUUUAUAUGCAAAUGUCUGUUUUGAAAAAAUGCAUUUAUGAUUCUUAUGGUUGUAUUAUUUUUAGUAGAGAAGGCAAAGAUUCUCAACCAUUUACUGAUUCAUAAAAGACAAUUCAUGUAUUAUGACUUAGGUAAGUUACUGUAGAUGGAAACUUUUGUGCUUUCAUAAAAACAUUUGGUUUCACUGCAGGUCAGUCUCUCAGUGAACUAUACACUUUCAGAUAUUUUUGUCUGGCUUUCUCACGUAUGAGUCAAGUAGGAAAACUAUGAUUAAAAUAUUUUAAUGCACAGCAUCAUUUCUACACACUUAAAUGGUCUAAAUGAUCAUUUCUGGAAACUAUCAUAAGGUUUAAAGUUUCAUGUUAGUUUCUUGAGCUAAAAUUGCACCUAACCUUUUGCUUUAGUGGUUUAGGUACAAAGAUUGCUGUCAGUCCUUCUGUUUUAAUCAACAGUACAUCCUGAAACACAAGCCAGCCUAUCACAGAGCCCACAUACCCUCUCAGCAGCUGACUCAAUGUGUAUUAGUCACCUAUAAUUGAGGAGACUAUGCAGACACGCCAUGACUUUUUGCUACUGUACAGAUGAUUGUGAAGCAUGAAUGUUGCAACAUAGCUCAGUGGUUAGUACUGUUACUGAUGGAGUGUUUAACAUGAAAAAAUACUUUUAUUGCUUUGGACUGAACUAACUUUUCAGUGAAAUGGGGCUGCAGACAUCAUCUGAUGUUAUCUGACAGUGCUCAGACUGUGUUUACUGAACGCAAUAUGGAUGAGAUCUUGGCUCUGCAACGGGGAAUUGAUACAGGGAGUGCAGAAUUAUUAGGCAAAUGAGUAUUUUGUCCACAUCAUCCUCUUCAUGCAUGUUGUCUUACUCCAAGCUGUAUAGG